GUGCAGCACAAUGUCAAACUGGUCUAUUUAUAAUUCCCUCUACUGACAUUUUCCUCCUGUCACUAGUUGCUCUCGAUCUUUUUCGUUAUUUAGUCAUGCAGCCCCAAAUCAAGACUUUGAAGGCUUUUCAAUGUGGGUAUGCAUGAAUCUUUCAUUCUCAUUUACGCUUUCUUUUACAAUCUACUCUACGCUGUGUGGAGAGCAUUUCUGCCAGCUGGUGUUGCUAAUGUAGGGCAAGGGCCCUCUUGUCAAGAGGUCUUUAUGGAAAACUUAAGCCCGACACAACAAGCUGUCAAGCAGCUGAAGCAACGGUACCUGGAGGCCUUGCAGACUAACAAUGCCGAGGAGGUCCUCUCGAUCCUGCGCGUUAAGAAACUCGACAUUGACACUGUUUUGGAGGUGGACGACCCCAGCAUGGUCCUGGCCUCAUACAAACAAGGGUAUUGGCUGCCAGGCUACAAACUGGAGAAGUCCUGGGCAAUGGGUCUUCAUGUGUGCGUGAUGUACAACGCUGUAGAAACCGCACUGGUGCUCCUUCAGGAAGGUGCGGCCGUCAACCACAUGCCCAACGGGAAGACGCCGUUGCAUGUGGCCUGCGAGCUGUCCAAUGCCGAUUGCGUGGGUCUGCUUCUAGCCCACGGCGCAAAGGUCAACAGCGUGUCCCUAAGCGGACACGCGCCGCUGCACUACUGUAUCACCAAAGAGUCGGUGGACUGCGCCAAGUUGCUCAUCCUCAAAGGUGCGAAGGUGAGCCUACACAGUCACAACAAUGAGGAGGACACACCAUUACACACUGCAGCCAGAUUUGGGGUUCCAGAACUGGUUGCACUCUAUUUGUCCCAUGGAACCCCUGUGGACUUAGUCAACUCUUUCCAAGAGACCGCCCUGAUGACUGCCGCAUUUUGGGCUUUUGACAAUAAAGAGCAAACCUACAGCCAAGAACACCAUCUCGUCUGUAGGAUGCUGUUGGACCACAAAGCAGAUGUCAAUCUUCAAGAGGAGGACAAUAAAACAGCUCUUCACAAGGCUUCCUGGAACUGCGAUCACAUCCUGAUGCAUAUGUUGCUGGAAGCCGGAGCGGAUACACGAGCCAUGGACAUCAACGGCUGUUCUCCCAUUCAGUAUCUUCUGAAAGUUACUGAUGUAAGACACACGGCCUUGCAUGAAGACUGUUAUCAGCUGCUGCUGAACCACAAUGCGGCCAGGAUCUACCCACCCCAGUUUCACAAGGUGUUGCAGUCCUGCCACGACUACCCUAAAGUUGUAGAGAUCAUGGUCAACUCAUAUGAACACUUAAAGCCUACAAGAAAGUGGAGAAGUGCCAUUCCAGAUGACUGCUACAAGCGACAUGAAGAGUUCUACGACUCCUUGUUCGUGGUUUGCACUAACAGCCCUCGCAGCUUGCUGCACUUGACCAGAUGUGCCGUCAGAGGCAGUAUGGAAGAAUCCUGUCAAAGAGGAGUAACCCAGCUCCCUUUACCGUCAAGCAUUAAGAACUAUUUAUUGCUGACACCACAGGGGGAUACUAUAUUGAUCUGUGCGCAUAAACAGAUGACAAAGAAUUACGCUUUGAACAAGUAUGACAUUUUUGUAUUAUCCUUUUCUUCCCUUCAUUUUUUUUGUGGUUAAUGGUGAACAACAACUUUUGAAAUGCAAACACAUCCGAAAUGUAUUUUUACAGUACACACACACACACUUUAAAGUCACUUGGUUUUGCUAGAAAAUAUAUGAGGUUGCUCACUAUGAGACUGGAAUAAAGUGUUGUUGCAUGGCAGACUUGUGCCAAAAUCCUGGCCUGUUGGUUAUAAAGAUACGUUGCAAAUUGACUACAAAAAUGAACUACAGUACCAUCACAUGGCGAGACAAGUUUCCUACGAAUGACACAUUUUGUUUGAAAUCCUACCAAAUCCUUGUGAAAAGACUCAUUGGUACAACUGAUAGGAUGUUUUAGAGUUAUUAAAGCAAAAUCUAAGAUCACUACAUCCUGCAUAACAUUUAACAAGAUACAUUCAUUAGUUAUUAAUUAGUAUAAAGGCCAUUUGUCGUUGAAAAGCACGUGUUGCUACAGUGGGAAAGUGCGCAUGCAAAAACAAUACAAUCCUUCUCUUUCAGCUGCAACUGUUCUAACAAGUCACUUCAUAUAUAUUACAGUACUAAUUUCAAAAGAGCGCGUCUCGGUCUUCUGUAUGGAAAUUACUAAUAACAGUGUAUUCAAGCUUAAUGCUUUUUGUAUUCAGUGGUAAAAACAUCUUUACGUGUCGGGACUCCUUUACCCAAAAUGACAUUACACUACUCAAAUAUGGCGCAAGUUUACAGUACAUUCAAAGAUGUUUGAAAUGUCAUUUCAGUAGUAUUAUGUAAUAUACUGUGUGUGGGGGUUGAGUCGAUUCAGAGCUUUUUUUUUUUUUUUUUGCUGUUCACAUUCAGAUGACCUCUUCAAAAGGAGGUCAUUGUAGAACAGUUGGAAGAUCAGGUGACAUGAAGCAUAGCGUAUAAGCUAUAUUGAGAUAUAGUAUUUUUUUUUUUUAAAAGUGUUAAAUGUUUUGUAAUUAAAAAAUGUUUGCUUUUGUAUAAAACCAACAAUUUCAGCUUACAUACAAUACUGUAUAUUGAAGAUGCUAAAUGUAAAAAGCAAGGUUGCUGGUCCCUGUAUGCAUUAGCACAGGUUUUGGUGCCGGUGAAACUGUCACUAUAUAUAUUGUCACUAUAAAACAUGUGUACAUUAUCAUGUAAAUAAUUAUGAUGUGGUCAACUAAAAUAGUUACUAAGGUAGAGAAAAGUGACUGGCUUUUACAAAUAUCCCCUUUGACACAUUAGUAUUGCUGGUAAAAAUUCCACAGAGUCAAAAUUGCGACAAAGUCACCUGAUGCAAGUUUCAAAUUUAAACACGUUUCUAAUUAAGACCUAAGACCAUACAAAGUUCGCAAAUAUUGUAGAUUUAGGUGGGAAAUGUUUUUUUUCAAUAAAAAAUAAAAUUUGAAAAUCUAACACAGCA